CUCCGUUCUUUGUGUCACACUCCCGGGGUGAAGGGGUGACUGACUGAUGGUCCCUCCCUCUUCCUUUUAUCAUCAUCGUCAUCCAACCCGCGCCAAGUGCUUUUCAAAGACGAAAACUGCAACAAUUCUUCUUCACUACGGAGGGCUGCGCCGCCGAACACCUCGCGUUCUCCAUAUCACGUGUUUUCUCAGCUGGGAAGUCGGGCUCACAAGCGUUCUUGCCGUGUGCCAGACCCGCAAUUUGUGCAGUCGGCCGAGUUAGAGUGGGGGGAGACAAAGUGUGAGUGAGACUGACGGCGCUGGUGAGAGUCGCCAGAGGGCAGCACAUCCAUCCUACAGGGCUGGCUCACUUGUCAACACCUCACAUGGCCAACCCACCUUUGGUACCAAUACAACUUUGAAAAUGGCCAAGGGGAAGAAAGGCAGGGCUGCAAAGGCAGCUCGCUACCGGGCCAUGGCAGCAACCCCUGCCCAGCAGCAACACCAACCACAGAGCAUCAUCUCUCAGUACGUGCCAAGGGCUGCGGCCGUCAAACUCCACGGCUUUUCUCUGGCGGACGAGGCUAGAAACACCGCCGAACACCGGAAGGGUUGGGAUGCUCUGGCCAAGCUCCGAACCCAGCCCGUCACCUUCGUGAGCGCCGGCAUGGUCGAGCCCUUGAAAGACCUCGAACAGCUUGGGCACGACACCGAGGAUGCGGCCGAAACGCCCCAGGCGCAUCAGGGCGGCCAGGACCUAGGCGGCGACGCCGCGGGCGAUGCGGACGAUGCGGACGCACACCUGCAAAGCGGUGAUCAGGAGCCCUCCUUUUUCAUUGACACCAGCGGUGACCAGACCCUGUCACGCCACCACGUGGAGCCCGUCGUCAUGCCCGAGCUUCAGUUGUCGGGUGACGAGUCGAGUUCGAGUGAGGAUGUUGUUCUCUUCAAGGGAAGGAACGCUGCUCGCACCGACAAUACUUUCCCGCCUGUUGCCGACGAUAUUACGAUACAGGUUCAAGCUAUCCAGACCACUGUCCAGAAAAUAUCUCAGGCUGGGCCAGUUCGACCAAACGCACCGGCCGCGCGUUCUGAAACUCCGCCGCUCUGGCAACUGCGUGGCCACAACGACGAGGACGCAAUAUUUGCCGACUACGUUGCAAACAUGAGCGAGGAUGAUGAGGCAGAUGGUGACGGCGAUGGUGACGUUGAAAGGGCUCGGCUGUAUGCGAUGUUCUCAGGUAACCGGGAUCUCGGUGGCUCCGAUGGGGAUGUGGUGAUCGGGCAGGAAUCCGAUAGCGACGCUUCCGAAGAUGCUGAGGACCCAGGCGACGGGAGGAGCCCAGCGGCUUUGGAGAUAGGCAAGUCUAUGACGGCCGAGGAUACCGAUAUGACAGACGAGGCCUUGGCUCGGCUGCUCGCUCAACAAGAAGAGCUCGGCUUAGACGACGACGAGAUGAUGUUGCUCGCCGGCAAUGGAUUAGGCGUGGUGCGUUCAUCAAGACACAAGAACUCCAAUGGACGCGAAGAGACCAUUUCCUUCAAGGCAGGGAGGUCUGCCAAGACAGGUGGGCGUGGGCCAGUUCCCAGUGCGAGAGAAGUCGCAGAGGCGUUUGAUGAUCUGGACUUGAUGGACUGGGGCCGACACAACCCGCCUCGAAAGCCCAAGGGCAAGCGCGGACAGCCGACAUUUGAUAUAUCAGAUUCUGAGCUAGAGGAGACACUCCAGGCUACUUGGAAGGCCGAUCGUCUUCGCAAGAAGGACAAGAAACAACAGCGCGAAGAGCUACGUGCGCAGGGCCUCCUCGGCAAGAAUGUCGACCCGAACGAUCCGCGUGUGAAGUACCAGAGUGGCAUGACUCUGGACCAGAUCAAAGAGGAGAUGCGGACCUUCCUCUGCGGCGCCGAUGAGACACUGACACUACCCCCCAUGGACGCUUCUGCACGCAAGAUCAUUCAUGAGCUUGCCAACAAGUUCAACAUCAAAUCUAAAUCCGCAGGCCACGGUGAGACCCGCCGGCCGUCUCUCUACCGCACCAAAAGAACGGUCAGAUACUCUGAGCCAUCUUUCGAACAGGUCUUCGCCCGUGCUGGGCGCAGGUACUUUCCCCGCCUCGAUCAGAAGGGCAAGGCGCCCAGAGGAGGAGGAGGCGGCGGCGGCAUGGGCAGGUCGGGUCGCGGCAUCAACCAUGCGGCAUUCACACUCAAGGAUGGUGAAGUGGUGGGAGGCGGUGCGCCGGAGCUUGAUCAGGCUAACAAGGGCCGGGCUAUGCUGGAGAAGAUGGGCUGGUCCACGGGCAUGGCACUCGGAUCACAGGACAACAAGGGCAUCCUUCAACCACUCGCCUCUGUCGUCAAGCGUACGAAGGCUGGCUUGGGUUGAUCGGAGAACCCGUGUCGCAAGUGGAGGUAACUGCAUCGAGAACCGGCCGAGUGUAUCGGGUCAUGUCGCACGAGGGAAGGGGGCGUGCCACAGUGGUGCUGUAAGAUCACUGCACGGGCUGUGGACCUGGGUGAUGGGCAUUUCGUGUAUGAAAAAGCAUUAUUGUCUUCCAUUAGAACGGGACACCGUUUGUCUCGGGCGACGGGCUGUAUUCAUGUUAGAAUAGAACAAACAAGCUUAGAAACUCGGAAUGUGGUUUCAACAAGGACUUUCACCACCGCCAGAGACCGCCUCCAUCUCCGCCAGCCUCCAAAAAUGGGAAGGCACGAAGCGCGACAAUGCACUCGAGUUCUCACAUCAUUCCGCGUUGUUCUGAAGUGUGACGCGGCAGAUAAUGUGGUAGCUGUGAGAUCAGCAGAUGCCGUUCCUGCGCGUCAUCUCUUGAUUUACGCGGGCCGGCCCCUUGCGGCAUAAUGUAAAGCACAAAUAAACAAAGCGGAGCGCGUCUAAAGGCCAACAAACAUCGAGUUUCUUGUUCAUAUGCACGAUUUC